ACUCUCCAGAAGCCAGUCCCAGUACUUCAAUGGCUAAUUUGAAUUCAUCAUCACCAGUUGUGAAGAGGAGAAGUAGUGGUACAAGUUUCAGAAAAUGGCUAACCAAUCCAGUUCGCAAGUUAAGUACCAAUAAGAUAGAGAAGGGUACAGCCCCUGUAUUAGAGGGACAGAAAGGAGAUUAUAUAGAGAGACAGAUGACUGGAAUGCUUGCUGCCUCCAGGGAGAAUCCUGAGAGUAGUGUAGAGGAGCAGAUAAUUACACAAGAUGUGACAACGUUUACACAGAAACAUAACCUUGAUAAUGAAGAUGCCCUUGAACCAGCAGAUGACAUUGAGAUCCCCCCACCCAUGCCAGUUCAGGAUCAGAGCCAUAUGUUAAACCUAGGGAAAAAUGAUGCUGCCGAUAAUAUAUCAGAAAAAUUUGCCUCAACAUUAUCAUUGAAACCUCAGCAAGAAAAUUCAGUUGACCUAGCAACUGAAAUAGAAAAUCUGGUUAAAUUGAAAAUGGAUCCACCACCAGACACAGGUCAAGGCUCAGAUUCUGGAGGAGAGGAAGACAAAGAGACAGAAAAAGAAAAAUAUCUCCAGAAAAGAAAAUAUGUUAUAACAGAGCUGGUAGAAACAGAACAAGAUUAUGUAAAAGAUAUAGGAUGUGUGGUAGAGGUAUGUUGUUAACUACAUUUCUCACUAACCAGAUACAAAAAUCCAUAAAUGUUACUAAAAAUAGCGGUGUUGG